CGAACCUCUCUUUUACAACGCUCGUUUCACUAGCGGUGAAAGGGUAGUCUAGUUUGCCAUUGUAUACUAAAGUGAAGUCGAUUACAUUAUAAAAAAAGUGGAUAAAGUAGCAGGCUGGAACGAUUCAGAACGAUUUCUUAAAGAGAAAAAGGAAAGGAACGUCCAGGGCUCUGUAGAAGUGGUUUUGGGAUAUUUAUGUGAAUGAAAUAAGUAGAAAGAAGGAGACUACAUCUGAUGAUUUUACAUGUCUAAAUUUGGCAAUUCAAACAAUAGCCAUGCCAGAGGAAAACACACAAGAAGUUGGCAUGAAUCUGCUACUAGAAUUAGCCGAUGUGCUGGAUGCAACACCAGACGAUUUGUCUUCGGAUUUUACUAAAAUCCAUUGUUUAGAAGAAGAAAUCAAGGAAAUGCAAAUGGCUUUGGAUGCUUCCGUUCACAAAAUCAUGAGCUCAAAUGCAACACCAGACCAAAGAUCUUCCAUAAUACAAAACAUCGUUAAUCUUGUAGAGAAGAACUCGCCCCUUCUUCAUAAAAAAGCUCAUAUAUCCAUGCAUACAGAGGCUGUGUCCAAGCGGAAUUUUUCGAGGCUGCAGACUUGCUUUCAGGCAAUGGAAAUGAUGUAUCCUCAUUUUUUUAUUCCAUAUGCUGCUGCCCCAGAGCCUCUAGUACCCCGCAGUGGGAAACGAUUGCCUACUAGAACGUCGAAGCGGCGACAAGGAAGAGAACCCGACUCUAGGGACACAAGUGAGAAAAAACAGAAACAUGAUGAUCAACAAUCAGACGCUUCCACAGUAGCAGGUUCAAGUGAUAUUCCAUAAAACAAAAUUCAUUAUGUGACAAGCGGGUCCUUGCACAUUGGUCUACUUUCUUUUUAUAAAAAAUUUAUUUUCCUAAUUCUCUCUCUCUCUCUCUCUUGUUUUUUCUCCUUCCUCUUCUCCCAUGACAGUAUUCUUUUACAUGAUUUUGGAUAGUCAAUAGUCAAUAUGUAGUACCGCUUUGGUCCACUUUUUACUGUGCUACUUUAUUGGCUUCUCAUUCAUUUUGCUAAGAAUAAUUGCAUUGUGUCUACGUUCGCUGGUCCAAAACAAUUCCCCAUGUUCGUCUUUAUUGUUUAAGUAAUAUAUGAAUUUAUUCAUGACUUCAUGUCAUCCUCAUAAUCCCUCAAUGUCUUAAAUGGAC